GCCACUCGAUUGAAUAGCGCGAGAGGAGCGUAAGGUCUGUUGAGAGAAGCGGCGGUUGGGCGGACGCCUGGAUCCAGUGUUUUCUCCCUUGUUGGAAGACGAAGCACGACGACAGCAUGAAACUUGUUCUUGUGUGUUUGCUGCUUGUCGGCAGCGUGUUUGCUGAUGAGGAGGAGAAAAGGGAAGAUGUGGGAACCGUGGUCGGCAUUGAUUUAGGCACCACAUAUUCUUGUGUGGGUGUCUUCAAGAAUGGGCGCGUGGAGAUCAUCGCCAACGACCAGGGCAACCGAAUCACGCCCUCCUAUGUGGCCUUCACGCCCGAAGGAGAACGCCUCAUCGGGGAUGCUGCGAAGAACCAGCUGACCUCCAACCCUGAGAACACGGUGUUUGAUGCCAAGCGUCUGAUUGGUAGAACAUGGAACGACCCUUCUGUACAGCAGGACAUCAAAUACCUGCCUUUCAAGGUCCUUGAGAGGAAGGCCAAGCCCCAUAUUCAGGUGGAUAUCGGAGGAGGUCAAACAAAGACAUUUGCCCCAGAAGAAAUCUCAGCCAUGGUCCUGACUAAAAUGAAGGAGACUGCAGAAGCUUACUUGGGAAAGAAGGUUACUCACGCCGUGGUCACCGUCCCAGCUUAUUUCAACGACGCCCAGCGUCAGGCCACAAAAGAUGCUGGCACUAUUGCAGGACUGAAUGUCAUGAGAAUCAUCAAUGAACCCACGGCUGCAGCCAUUGCUUACGGCCUGGACAAAAGAGAGGGCGAGAAGAACAUCCUGGUUUUUGACCUGGGAGGUGGAACCUUUGAUGUCUCCCUUCUCACCAUUGACAACGGUGUCUUUGAAGUGGUGGCCACCAACGGCGACACUCACCUGGGUGGGGAAGACUUUGACCAGCGGGUCAUGGAGCACUUCAUUAAGCUGUACAAGAAGAAGACGGGGAAAGAUGUGAGGAAGGAUAACCGAGCCGUGCAGAAACUCCGCCGUGAGGUCGAGAAAGCCAAGAGGGCCCUCUCUUCUCAACACCAGGCUAGGAUUGAAAUUGAAUCUUUCUUUGAAGGGGAAGACUUCUCUGAGACCUUGACGAGGGCCAAGUUUGAAGAACUGAACAUGGAUCUUUUCCGUUCCACCAUGAAGCCUGUCCAGAAGGUUCUGGAGGAUGCUGACCUCAAGAAAUCAGACAUUGACGAAAUUGUCCUUGUCGGUGGCUCCACUCGCAUCCCAAAGAUACAGCAGCUGGUGAAAGAAUUUUUCAACGGCAAGGAGCCCUCUCGGGGCAUCAAUCCUGAUGAGGCCGUGGCUUACGGUGCUGCUGUACAGGCUGGUGUGCUCUCGGGGGAUCAAGACACUGGCGACCUGGUGCUUCUUGAUGUGUGCCCUCUAACCUUGGGCAUUGAAACCGUCGGUGGUGUCAUGACCAAACUUAUCCCAAGGAACACGGUGGUCCCCACCAAGAAAUCACAGAUCUUCUCCACGGCUUCUGAUAACCAGCCCACUGUGACUAUCAAGGUCUAUGAAGGAGAGCGUCCCCUCACAAAGGAUAACCAUCUGCUGGGAACCUUUGACUUGACCGGAAUCCCUCCUGCCCCGCGGGGCGUGCCUCAGAUCGAAGUCACCUUCGAGAUCGACGUCAACGGGAUCCUUCGAGUCACAGCCGAGGACAAAGGGACCGGCAACAAGAACAAGAUCACCAUCACCAACGACCAGAACCGCCUGACGCCCGAAGAGAUCGAGCGGAUGGUCAACGACGCCGAGAAGUUUGCCGAGGAGGACAAGAAGCUGAAGGAGCGGAUCGACGCCCGCAACGAGCUGGAGAGCUACGCCUACUCGCUCAAAAACCAGAUUGGGGAUAAGGAGAAGCUGGGGGGCAAGCUGUCUUCGGAGGACAAAGAAACCAUGGAGAAGGCCGUGGAGGAAAAGAUUGAGUGGCUUGAGAGCCACCAGGAUGCCGACAUUGAAGACUUUAAAGCCCAAAAGAAAGAACUGGAGGAGGUGGUCCAGCCCAUUGUGAGCAAGCUCUACGGCAGCGCCGGCCCUCCCCCCAGCGAGGAAGAGGCGGGCGAGAAAGACGAGUUAUAGGCCCUGGGGGUUCCCCAAAAACCUCGACACUGUAAAUACUGGACUUGGAACUUUUUUUGUUUAAACUAUUUGAACUCUAUAAAGAUCUGGAAUGUGA